GGUUUAGUCUGGUGCGAGCUUUCGAACGGUGCGGAUCAAUCUCUCUUGGAACUGGGCUCUUUUCCCCCCCGUGCAACACGGCUUGGGGUCCCACAAGGAACUUGGUUGUUGGUUGUUAGGUGAGGUGACUUAGAAGAAGUGCGUCGAUUUCCAACGGGACUUGGCCGCGAUCAAGUCGAGAGGAUCGGUCGGUGGUGCAGGUUCCUGGACUAAACUUGGGAGCUGGAGUGUGACAGUUUUAGGGGAGAGUGGCCUUCGCGUAACUGGUCGUGAAACGGAAAGUGGUCGUCCGGCGGUUCCGGAUCGGAGGGGCGCGCGCUUUUCGGGAAAGUGACAGUGACCAAGUGAAGGUAGCCCGAGGAAGAAAACGAAUAAGAAGUGCAGUGGUGGCAACUUGGGAUCAACGAACCAAGGAACUGGAGUAGGACGGCGACCGUGAAGAACCGUUAAGAUGCUGUCCAGACGGGGAGGCUUUUCGGUCGGAGCAGUACUUGCGAUAUGUAGUAUCGUGUCACACGUGGAAGCUCUGCAGGGCUACUACGGCACAAAGAUCGCCGACCUGACGCAGCUGCACCACGGAGUGUCCGGCUCGGUUUAUGCCGUGGACGCCCGCACACUGUUCCUGAAGAACUUCAACUAUGACGGCGAGGGCCCGGCGGCCUACUUCUACGUCGGCAACACGCGCGCCCCCAGCAACAAGGGCGCUCACCGGCUGCGGGACGAACGCGGUCGCUCCGGCGUCCUGCGCAAGUACCGCAACGAGGACAUCACCCUGUCGCUACCGGAGGGCAAAACCCUGCGCGACGUCCGGUGGUUCUCGGUGUGGUGCGACGACUUCAGCGUCAACUUCGGUGACGUGGUCAUCCCCAACAGCCUGGACUUUCCGCGGCCGACCAAGAUUGGCCAGCUGGCCGGAAUCCACGACGUCGGCUCGGACCAGAUCGUGAUCGUGGACGCCCAAACGCUGCUCAUUCCGAACUUUAACUACGACGGCGAGGCACCAGACGCCAAGUUCUGGGUUGGUCGCGGCGCCAAGCCCAGUCCCCAGGGCAUCCGCAUUCCGGACGAGAACGGCAAGGAAACUCCGCUCCGUCGGUACGACAAAAAGACCAUCGUGCUGACGCUGCCGGGAGAUUUGACGGUGUUCGACAUCGGCCACUUUGGCGUGUGGUGCGAGGCCUUCACCGUGGACUUUGGCCACGUGCGCAUUCCGGACCAGAUCAACGUGCCGCCGUCGCUGAAGAUGCUGGGCAUUAGCCCGCAGUCCAAGCUGAACUGCGAAGUGCUGCUGGAUGACCUGGCGUUCGAGGUUCGAUGGGCCGUGGCCGGCGAGAGCAUCGUCAUCCAGCUGGUGGCCAGAUUGGAGGACGGCGAGUACAUGUCGUUUGGCGUUUCUCCGGACAACGCUCGCAGCGUGAUGAUCGGUGCCGACGCGGCUGUGGUUUGGGUGGACAAGGCCACUGGGAAGGGUUACGCGCAGGAUUACUACCUGGACGCCAAGUCACAGUGUUCUGGGUCGCGCGGUAGCUGUCCGGACACGCGGAUCAACGAAAACAGCAACUCGAUUCGGCUGCUGAACGCCGCCAUGGUCAACGGGUACUCGAUCGUGACCUACCAGCGACCGCUGCGGGCUUCGGAUCAUCUGGAUCUUCCGAUCAUUACCAACGGGUCGCAGGCGAUCGUGUGGGCUGUUGGUCCGCUGAACCAGCGAUAUGAAGUUUCUUACCAUUCGCAAGUCUUGAAGAACACCAAACUGGUAGACUUUGGCCGUCAGCCGUUCUGGAACUGCCCAACGCCCGAAUCGGACCAGCAAAAGCCCCCGCAGGAGAACCCCCAGAAACUGCAGAGUUUGGAGCCGAACCGUCGCGUAGAUCAGAUGCCACGACCAAAGCCACCGGCGACGGCACGGCCUCCGGCCAAGGCUGGCGCGUGGGAGAUUCCACCGAUCCAGUGCUACGAACCCGAGGAUGGCGUGUUUUACGCCCAGAUGGGACCCACCGGAGGCAAGCAGGGCUAUCCGGCGAUCACCGGUCACGUGGGUUGGGGAAUUUCGUGGUAUAUCAACGGGCUGCUGAUUCCGGAGAUCAACGUUGUUCGCGGUAAGACAUACACUUUCGUGGUUGAGGGAGGACACGACCCGGAGACGCCAGCCAAGUACCAUCCGUUCUACAUUACCGACGAUUCCGUCGGAGGGUACGAGCACCAGGAGGAGGACGUUAGGAAGAACAUUCGGAUCUUUGCCGGUGUUCACCAGGGUCGCAACGGUCAGCUCAUCCCGAACGGUGUCGGUCGCCUGUGCAACUGGACGCCCAACCCGGACGGACCACCAUCCGAUCAGUACCCGUCGUUCGGCGCCUAUCAGCGCAGCCUGACGCUCAAGUGUGACUCGGGUGAGCCCGGAAUCAUCACGUGGACCCCGGACUCGGACACUCCGGACACGGUUUACUACCAGUGCUUCACGCAUCGCUACCUGGGCUGGCGAAUCAACGUGCACGAUUCGUGCGAUGUGGCCGCACCCAGCGAGAUUGACGAGGUUUACGCGGAGCCCGAGCGGGACGAAGGAAUCAACGCGGAACCGUCAAUUCGGCACGAGUCGAAGCUGUUGCCGUCGGAUUCGUUCCUGCAGCAGCACGAGAACUUUAUUCACAGCAAUGACAAGGAGAGCUUGAAGAAUCACAACAUGAACGGAGGAGAACAGGAACAGCAGGACAACAACUUCAAGCUGGAUUUGGAGAAUGACCCGGAAAUGUCCAAGAUCAUCGAGGAAGGUAUUCGUGCGGCGGAAGAUUUGGAGGAGAAGUUGAAGAACAAUCAGACUUAUUCGAACUAUACGAUGAAUGAGCAGCAACCCGUUGCACAUCUGGAUACGAACCAUGCUGGCAAGCCGAUCUUGUCCUCUUCCGGACUCCCGGUUUAUCUCCGCCCACCAAACGGUGGCCCAAUGUUCCGACCGGUGAAGUUGCCCAUGCGAAGACCGAUUGCCGUUGAACGACGACCCGUUCAGGGUCGCCCACCACGCCCAUACUCGAUCCCUCAGCCUUCGAUGCUGGUGAGUCACUACCAGAAGCCGAUGAACCCGUUGAUGCGACCAUUCAUGACCAAGAACAAAAUGCCCAUGAAGGCAAUCGCUCCGAUCCUCCUCCUUGGAGAACCAACGGAGAUCAAACCCUUCCGCAAGGUCCCACCACCACCGCAAUCACCCAACCAACCCAUGGAGGUCAUGGUCGUCAAGCCGAUCAAGUCCGUCGGUCCGUACAUGGUCCCCGAGAUGUCUCCUCACUUGGUCAUGAAUAUGAAGAAGCCCGAACAAACCCCGAUCAACCUGCCGAUCCGAUACAACAAGCGACCCAUCAUGAAGGAACCCCACAACAUCAAACCAGUCUUCAAACUGCCGUACGACAUCCACGAGAACAAAGCUCCCGUUGAAACGCAACAACCCGGCGUCGCACCCGGCUUCGAGCCCAGCUCCGUAGUCGUCGAAAGUGGCUUCAAGCCGAUCUACCGCCGCCAGGGAGAAAUGAACGCCGAAUAUGACGAUCAAAUGCGCUACCACGGUGACCAGAUCCAACGACGCCAGGACUACGACAUUGACGAAGCGAUCGAGAGUGACGCGCUAAUGAUCGGCAGCGGUGAACCCCAGAAACCACAGGCCUUCGAACCCAUGUUCAUCCCAUCCCCACUGGACAGCAUGACCAUGGCUCAAAAGUCCGCCGAAGCCCGCGGCGAAACCUACCGACAGCCCGAACACCUCACCGGAGACCUCAAGCAGAUGAACGUCGAAGAUGGCGAGGACAAAAUGGCCAUGGCCGACGAUCGCGUCGACUCCUUCUACCUCCCACCCCAAUCAACCCCCAACGUCAUGAAGGUCUACCCGGAAGGUUCGAUCGUCUCCUACGACGGCAAAGCCGUCCUCGACGUCUCCCUGCUCAACUCCCCCUCGAACGUCCGACACGAGGCCAUCACAUCGUCCAAAACGGAACAGUUCAUCCGCGAAACGCCCCAGUUCGGUCCCUUCCGCGGUGAAAUCCCACCCAUCUCCGACUACGUCGCUCCGGACACCCACCCGAUCUACGGCGUGCGCGGUUCCAGUCCCGUCCAGUCGCCCGUCUCCGAGUACGCGAACCCGCUGGUCCCUGGCGGAAUCAAUCCCGUCGACAACAAAGAUCUCAGCGUGAAACCCAUCUCGACGAAGCUGUCGAUCAUCAAGCCCGUCGAGGAGGAGCGGGAAGAGCGGCGUCGGAAGCGCGAAGCUCACCACCAUCCGGAUCACCAGGGGAACAGCCAUGACGAUGGGUGGCAGGCGCCGGCAGCGGUCGGUGGAACUUCGCGGGCGUCCUUCGCGGUGGCACUGCUGCUCGCAACUCCGCUGAUACUCCUCCGACUCUGAACUUGUGUGCUUUGAGAUAUUGUUUCUUGCAGUUAAGUAUUGUUAGUUUGUAAGUUAUUUAAUACGCGAAAUAGUGCUGAUCGUCGUCGUUGGUUGAAGAUGGACGUGUAACAAAUGAACAAAAUUUUAUAACUGUAAAUAAUAAAGGCGCCACCCAUGUGCGGGCAUUUCACUCUAA